AUGAACAACGAAUACAAAUGGGACCCAUCAUUCAGUGAAGAAAUGGAGGAUGAGGAUCUAAUUAUGGAGGAAGACGACGACGAGGAAGAGGAGGAGGGAGAUGAAGGAAGCAACGCUGUGUACCCAGAAGAUUAUUCAAAAGCCAGUGGUAGCAGCAACAGUAGUAGCAAUGUCGCCUCACCACGAUUCAACAUGUCUGGUCCAUCCGAUUUUUCGCGCUUUGAUUUGGGUGCAGCAGGGGCCUCUCCCUCGCAUGGUUGGAACGAUGGCAUUGACGAAAAGGGCGAAUCCGUAGCACUUUUAAUGCAUUUGGAAAAGACGGUUGUUCACCAGGAUUUCUUCAACAACUUUAGCGAUGAUUUCGACCAAGAUGAUUUAGCAUAA